GCGGGAAAUCCUUCGUAAAAAAGCUUUGUUAGGUCAAAAAGGAUCCAAAAGACACAGUGUACGUGCGCCACGGUUCAAAAUAUAUUGCUAAAUGUAUAAGUGGAAGUGGUACCGAUAGAAGUGCCCCGUGCCCGUUGCAAAAACUUAUUCAUUACGGAUGUACGCAUCGUAAAUGGCUCAAAAUAUAGUGUUUUAUAAAUGUUUAAGUGGUUUACGUGGUAGUUAAAUGUACUCACUGCACCCAUAGAAGUGCGCUUUGCAGAUAUCGCAAUUAAAAUUGCAUUAAAAUUUGAUUGGAACGUGUGCGCUAAAUGGGGAAAGUUAAGUGAUUAGGGGCGCACAAAGUUUGGCAAAUUAUGUGAAAGUUUUAAUGCGAAUCAACGAGCAAAAGAGGCCAAAUACAAUGUGCCGUUAAUUGGAGCAGCGACAAGAACAGGACCUGAAGGACACACAACGAGGCGGGGAUAACGAGCAGCAACAGUGGCCUGGCCAGUGGCAGUGGAAGACCAACCUAGAUUCAAAGUUCGUGCCAUAAAUCUUCAACUUGCAUGGAAUUAAUACCCCACCACCAGCAGGAGGAGGGGGUGGCGCAACAGGAGAAAGUCUAGGUGGGGGGGCGUUGCGCAUGCAACACACAUUAGUGGGUCACUCGAAGAUGAUGACGCUGAUGACCACAACCGCAGAAACAAGAGAAAUAACAGCAGCAAAACAAGCAGCCGCCUUGCAGGGUAAAAUUAUAUAAAAUUAUCAUGCAGGACGGGCCACAGCGAGCAGCAGCAAGUCGGCCACUUGACGGCGGCAGGCGGCAGGAAAAGGCUAAGGCUACGCUGCAGCGGAGGGUCGCAUGACGUACACGACUGCUGGCCAAUUUGUCCGAAAAAGGAGACAAGCGGACCCAACCAACCGAACUUAGCCACUAACCAAGCGGAAACUGCAACUGCAACAGCAACAGAAACUGCAACUGAAACAAAUAGAGAAACAAAAGAUCAAAAGUGUACCCAACAAUUGAAACUUUUCGGCCCGAAUGGCAAAAGUUUUCGAACAAUUGCCACAGCGUUGGGGCGGGCAGCGUUGAAAAGCGACGCUAAAAAUGUCAAAAUGGCGAAGUUAACGUUGCCGCGACUUCUGCAGCGACUGCAGCUGUUGGCGUUGCAACUGGCCACGCCCAGCAGCCAGCCGCCACAACAUCAGCAGCAGCAGCAGCACCCACAUCCACACGGCUGCCACCUAAUGGCCAUGCAACUCUGUCAGGCCAUGCUCCUCUAUGGCUGCCUCCUGCUCCUCCAUGCGUCUGUCACCGUGUCUGCCUCGGCAUCGGCCACGCACACGACGCUGGCUCUGAAUCUCUCAUCAGCCAUUGAUCUAAACCAACUUAAAAACCAUCCAGGGCAGCAGCCUGAGCAUCAACGCGCACAGAAACGUGACGCUGCCAAUGUGCCUGAUGAUGACUACGAUGGCAGCUAUCCGGAUGAUAUCGACGAACUUGAGGCCUUGCUAAAUAAUAAGUCAGCAAAGGGCAAGUACAUUGGGGCGCCGUGCAACGAGCUGAAGUGCGACGUGAAGCUGCUGCAUGUGGCCUGCGACAAGGAGACGCAGACCUGCACAUGCGAACGCAACUAUCCCGUGCAGCUGGGACUGAUAAAGGGUUGCGCCAAACCUAAAAAACUGGGCGAUCAGUGUUUCUACGAUGAGACGUGCAUCUACAACGAUGAGAACUCCCUUUGUGUUCAGGUGCGCCACAAUGCGAUGUGUCAGUGUGCCAGUGGCUAUCAUUCGGUCAGCUACACGAAGCCGACACGGCGUGUCUUUUGCACGCCAGAUCUCAGCGAGCUGAGCUCGGAUCUGCCCACGCUGCUGGGCGUCUCCACGGGCAUUGCCGUGCUGGCCGGGCUCAUCUGCAUGGUGCUGCAUCUGUUCAGCAAGACCAAGUAUCCCAGGAGCCGCAACUACGCGGAUGCCAGCAUUCCGCCGCCCAUUCUCUACUCCAGCGAUACAGGGAUACCGCUGACAGUGCACUCGGCACGGCCAUCGUCGCGGUCUAGCAUACGUUCGACGGGAUCGAUUGGCUCCUUUGGACAGCGACGGGCUUCGGUUGGAGGACAGGCGAGCGGAGCAGCAGGUGGAACAGGUGGUGAAGGAGGUGGUGCUGGCGGUGGAGGCGGCGGCGGCGGCGGGUCGAAGGGCAUACUGGUGUCGACGUCUCGUACAGGUGCGGCUAGAUCGGCUGCCAUAUUGCUCAUAUCGUGUCACAUAGCGGCCGUGUCCAAACAAAAUUCUCGCGCCUCAUCGCGUCACACAUCCGGAGCCGGUUGCAGCCAGCAUUCGCGCGACGAUCUCGACGAGAACAGUGGCGGCGGUGGCGUUGGCAGUGCGAGCGGUUGUCGCAGCUGCGAGAGCUCGCACUCGAUGAACCGCCAACUGCAGAAGCAACUGAACCAUCAGCGGCAUCUGCUCAGCUUUGAGCUGUCGCCGGCCAGGUCAAAGAAUCAGGAUAGAUUUAGGACCCUCUUGGGCAUGAACGGAAUUGAUAAUAAUUAUAGAACCCAUGACGAUGAUGACGACGACUACGGUCCCCAUAGCAUAGAUCCCGGCACUGUCCCAGCACACGCACCCACAAACGCCCACGCGCAGGCACAUGGCCAUGACAGCUAUGUCGGUGGUGGUGCCAGUGGUGCUAGUGGUGCUGCUGCUGGUUAUAGUUAUGGUUAUGGUUAUGGUUAUAGCGAUGCCGAUACCAAUGGCGAUACCAACGGCACUGACGGCGCCGAGCUGCAUCAUUUGCAAAUUGGCGCACUCCCCACGCCGGCGAGUGAAACGCCCCGAUUUGCGUUGGAGAUAAUCGUGCUCCCAAGUUCUCGAAGACCAAGUCUAGCAUCGGUGCACAGCACGAGCUCAUCGGUGCGCAGCUACAGCAUGAUGCGGUUCGAGAAGGAGACACAACAGAAGGAGAUCCGGCAGGAGAUGAAGCUGCGGCUGGCCCGGUUGCAGCAGCAGCAGCACCUCACGCAGAACAAGCCGCAAAUUGUCAUCGGUGAGGCGCUGCUGCAGCAUGGGGCCUUGGGUCGGGUAACCAUACCCACGCCCAGCCCACUGACGCCCAACUCACUGGACGAGCUGCUGCCGUCACUGGAUGAGAAUCAGGAGUAUCCACCCAGGCUACACGGGACAUACAAGCAGCUGGUGCAGCCAGGUACCUCAGCAGGUGGCGGCGGGGGAGCUGGAGCCCUGCGAGCAGCUGCCGCCCAAUCGUCUCCGGCCAGUGCAAACGGCUACCAUGGUCCCUGCAGCUCAUCGACUGAGGCCCUCUAAAGCUAGCCCGGCACCCCCGGGGGCAUAAAUACAUAUAAGUAUUAAAGUAUUCAAGUAGAUCGUAAGCCAAAACCCAAAGUUCUCAUUUGCUGCUGAUUUGCUGUGCUGUUGUAGGGCGCCGAUUAGCGAAUUAAAUUGAACGUCAAACGUGUUGUAGUCAGUCAGCUUAGAUUAUGUGUAACAUAGUAAGCCCCUACCCAAUGCCGCCUAAGCAGCCACCCCCCCGUAGCCUAGGCUAAGUUCUGUUACCGACUAAGCGAGUUCGUUCUCCAGUUUAGUAAUGUAUCAUACAUACAUACAUAUGCAUAUGUAUUUGUAUAUGUACGUAGCGAGAGAGUUAAUAAUCGAAACAUUUUAUACUUGUGUGUGUAUUGUCAUACAGUUUUGUAGCAGUUAGAUAUUUACAAAUUAAUUCGAUGGAAUGGCGCAUGGGGUCAGGUCCAGGGAUCCUUAACAACAACAACAACAACUUCUUCAGCGAUUCAGAAUUCGAAUCCUUUCUCCCCUGACCCCAUACGUUGCCAUUUGAUGGAUCAUCAUGAAUUGAUUAGUUUAAACAAAUUAGUCUCUAGUCUAGUGUCUAGUGUUUAUCGUUAGGGUGAGAUAGUACUGAUAAAAUAUACGCGAAAUGAAUUUAUAAAAUUUAUGUUUAUGAACAAAAAAGAACAGAACAGAACAGAACAGAACAUUGUUCACACGUACCGUACUCCCGAUGAAAAUGAAAUAUGAAUAUGAAAUAUGAGAAACUAUUUAUGAAUACAGAGACAGAGACAGUAACAGUAACAGGCACAGUCGUUAUCUAGCUAAAUCAAUAAUUAUGUUAAGCGAUAAAACCAAAACAAAAUGUUGAUCAGACAAAGCUCUUGAGUUGAGUUGUUUGUUGUAGGAGCCAACGUAGAAUGGCGAAUCAAUCGAAUCUUUGUGGCAAGUCAAUUUUAGUUUACGAUUAACGAAUUUUUCUACAAAAGGCGUUUCAAAUGAAUACAAUAAUCGAAUAGAUCAAAUGUACAUACAUUUACUUACCCUAGAGCCCCCAAUUCGAUCGAUCGAUUUGAUUGUAAUAAUUAAUUAACCAACUAAUAACUAAACUAACGAGUAUUUGAUACCAUGGGUUGUUGCCUGUAGUUUGGUUCCAUGAUUUUUUGUGUCCCUACUAUCUAUACAUAGAUCUCUGUUCCGUUCCCCAAGAAUACAAAAACCAGCUAUAGAAGACGUUGAAAAAAUACACUAUAUACACCUAAACCAUGCCUACAUAUACAUACAUACAUACUGUCCGUAUAUAUGUAUGUACUUACCUAUGCUAUACAUACAUACAUAUAUGUACUUACGAAAGGUAGACAACAUAUCUAAGGUUCAGUGUUGGUUGCAUACGGGAGUAAAUAGAAAUAAAUGCAAUUUUGUGUUUUCAAAA